CAGCUCUCAGUUGUGGCCUCUGUGCAUCACAACUGCCGCUCUCUUCCAUUUCCACACAAUGUCGGACUGUCUCCCAAACGAGGUUAUCGCCGACAUCCUCUCACGACUGCCGGUGAAGUCGCUCAUGAGAUUCAGGUGCGUUUCAAAGGCAUGGUGCUCUCUAAUCUCCAAUCCCCACUUCAUCUCCACCCACCUCAAUCGUUCUCUUUCCAACUCUCAACACCCACCUUACGUUUUCCUCAGCCACCACGACAACAAACCCAGCUAUGAAGACGCCAUACACACCCUCAUGCUGUAUCUCGAUCGAGAAAUAGAACAGAAACCGGAUUUCCUUGAAUACCCAUCACAUUCCAUAGAAUUGCGUGGUAUACAGCAAAGCAUGAACUAUUUCUUGCACUUAGUGGGUUCAUCUAACGGCCUACUUUGUCUUGCCAAUUUGACUUUCAAUAAGGAGAGAGGGUUGUGUGUUCUCUGGAACCCCUCUAUUCAAAAAGCCAUUUCCCUUCCGAUGCCCAAUAUUGGAUUUCGCGGUUCGUUAAACCAGUCUGUUGGGUUUGGGUAUGAUCCCAUGACCGAUGAUUACAAAUUGGUGAGGCUUGUGUACCUCUCAGCCAUUGAUUAUUUUGAUUUAUACGUUGUUCCACCUCUGGUUGAGAUUUAUACGCUUCGAACUGGAAUAUGGCGCUCUAUUACGGCCCCCGCUCCUCCCUACCUCAUGAAUAGGUGGUCCUCAUCAGUUUUCGUGAAUGGAGCACUCCACUGGCCCGCACACACUUCACAGCGCCAGGGCGCCUUUCUCAAUGCGAUCGUGUGGUUUAAUAUGAAGGAUGAGGCCUUUGGUGAGAUGGGUAUGCCUAAGAGUUUACAAGGGCGGAAAGGCUUGAACGUUACUGUGGGGCUAGUUGAUGGGUUGCUUGCUUUUGUAGAGAGGGAGAGAUCGUUAUUGUGGCAAUAUCGUAAUGAGGUGUCUCACACCGUGUGGGUGAUGAAAGAGUAUGGAGUAGCAGAAUCUUGGACCAAGCUGUUUGAUGUUCGUAUUGGGAGAUUUGACAGGGUGGUAGGCUUAACAAAGAGUGGUGAAGUUCUAGUGCACAAGGCUGGAAGCUGUGGAAGGUUGUUUUCUUUCGGACCAAGUAGCCAAGGAUAUUUAGAUCUUCCCAUUUGUGGCCCUAUGGAGAUUUAUUUAGAUACUUAUGUGGAGAGCCUUGUUCUACUGAAUGUAGAAGACCAAGUUCCGGGGUGACAGGGGAAUUCGUCUGGUGGUAAUAAGCGCACAAAGAAAAGCUAGUAAACGCGAGGUACUUGAUGCUAGCUCCACAUUGUACUUUUAAGAAGUUUUACAGUAGAAUUAAAAACUGCAGUUUCCAAUUUGCAUACCCCUUUAUAAAUCCCAAUAAAUUUCUAAUCAAUUUGCUGG